AUGAACACCACCACUCUCCCCGGCCUCGGACCCAGACCCAGACCCGGAACCAUUCCUUCCAUCUCCCCCGACGUCGGCGUUGGCGUCAUGUUCAAAGACGUCCAAGUUCACUGUCCCAAUGACAGCACGCAGAAGGCUUGCGACACAUGCUACGACGACAACGCCCCUUACAACUGCGACAACAAGCCAGGCCCCGACAGGAAGAUGUGCAAGCAGCUGUGGAUGAUCUGGUGCGGCCAAGGUGCUGGCUGCGAGGCCACAGAUUCUCGAGCGCCGUCGAAAGCGGCUGAUAUUCGGGGGCGUCGGCAAAGGUUAAGAUUUUACAUCUUGGUAGUUGUCCAUCAGGAAAACGACAUGAGCGGUCCGAUGUCGACGAAGAACUACUUAUGA